UUCUGAGUCAUUCCUAAGCCAUUUCCCAGUAAUUUCUCAGUCAUUUUCUCAGUCAUUUUCUCAGUCACUCUCAGUCACUUUUUUUCUUCUUUUUUCUUUUCUCCGUUCAACAAUCAUGCCGAAUCCGACUGAUGACAACAUUGCGACUCACAUCCACUCGCUCGAGAUGGAGCAGCAGGACGAGACGCGCACCAACCUGCACAACUUUGAGAUUGAGCUGUCGCGCUCCAACACACCCGAGCCCUCUGCAGCAGCAGUCGCAGCAGCCGUAGUGGCCGCAACAGCCGCUCAGCAGCCAGCAGCAGCUCAGCACCACUCGACUGGCGUUGCUGCCCGCCGCCCGUCGACGGUGAUGAGCUCGCCGCCAGAGCAGAUCCACAGCAUGGCAGGCCACCUCAUUCUGCUCGCCGUGGACGACCAGCCACACUCAGAGUACGCCGCCGAGUACUGCUUCAAGAACGUCUACCGCGAGGGCGACAUGGUUGCGUUCAUGCACGUCUACCCGACCACCGCCUCCAAAGUCUCGACCUUCUCGUACUUGAGCCCCGCCGAGUACAAGGCCCUCGAAGCCAAGCUCAAGGCAAACGCCGAGGCUGUGCUCAACAAGUUCGCCAAGAUGGCCCAAGACCGCAACAUUCGCUACAAGAUCCAGUCCUUUGCUGGCGACCCACGCUACAUUAUCUGCGAAGCUGCCUCUCGCUUCCACGUCCGAGUGGUUUUGCUGGGCUCGCGCGGCUACGGCGCUCUCAAGAGCGUCCUCCUUGGCAGCGUCAGCGACUAUGUCGUUCGCAACUGCUCAUGCCCUGUGCUGAUCUGCCGCCAACCUUCCACUGACGACAACGAUCCCAACGCCGCCAUCUGGAAGGAGAGCAAGCAGGCGUCCUCCAUUGUCAAGCAGUCCCCGAGCAGUUAAAAGUUGUAAUUCUUGUUUUGCAUGCAUGCUCUUAGCUUCUCUUGCAGAGACUUGCAUUCGUUGCUGUGUGAAUUGUGUGCCCAGUCAAAAAGAAAUUUAUUGUUGGACGGUUUUCGUUUCCCCCGUCCAUGAACCACAAAAACAAAAACAAAAAAAGGCAAAUAUCCGAAAACCACACCCGUAUGGUUUUCUUAACCAACACAACAAAAGCAAAAAACAAAGCAGACAAAACCAUCAACAGCGCA